UUAAAAAUCAAAAUGUAACUUUCCCUGAAUGAACUAAGUUUGACGCAUAGGCUUCAAGGCGCAUAAUAAAACUAGUUUAUACAGUCGUGAAUAAUUUGGUUUCUAUAAUCCUUCAACCUGGGGGCGCAUUAUACAGACUGUUUUCGUAUGUUCUUGGUUUGGAUGGGGGUCUGUCCUAGUGGAAAGGCUAUUCCCCCUUGCAUCCCUAGGCGGCAUUCUUGCUCAACCCCCACUUAACAGACUUCAGUCCUCACACUUCUGAGAUUGCUACGGACGUCCAAACAGUUCGCACCGAGACGAAGUCAUGAUAUCCCACUUUGCGCAGAGCACACAGUUGUGUUUUUCAAGUAGUCAAACUAUUUGUUUUUGUUUGUUUACUCAAUGAAGAGCUGUGGAAUUUGGUCUGAUGAAGUUUGAAGAUCCCCUACGUUGCCGCCGUUUCUGUGUCGCUCAUGGAGACUCAGCUGGAACUAUUUGUCACAGAAUGUAACGAAGUCCCUCGCUGGUCUGGUUCGAAGGAAGAAGGAAUUAUACCCCGAGACGCGUAUUUUGAGUGUUAGACGAUGAAAAAUGCGGAGCCUUCUUUGCACACUACUGUUUAUCUGUCUCACUGUGGGAGUACAAGGCCUGCGGUUCACCAAGAACCCCGCCAAUGUGACCGUGACCCAGGGCAAGACGGUCCGUCUGGGCUGCGCCAUCGAGGGUCUGAUGAGCGAGCCGGACAUCAUCUGGAUGAAGGAUGGAGAGAAGCUGUACAGCACGGACCAGAUGUAUAUCACUCUGGAGGCUCAGCACUGGGAGACCUUCUACAGUGUGAGGAACGUGCAGCAGCAGGAUGCGGGGAAGUACUGGUGUGAAGUGGAGCUGCAUGGGACCACCAUGUCCUCCGAACCCGCCUGGAUCACAGUAGAAGGUGUGCCCCACUUUGUACUGGAGCCCCAGGACGUUGCCACCCUGCCCGGGCUGCCCUUCAACCUCACCUGUGCUGCCGUGGGGCCCCCCGAGCCCGUGGAGGUGCUGUGGUGGCUGGGGGGUACGCAGGUGGGGGACUACACCCCCUCCCCAUCAGUGCUGCACGUGCCUGGUGUCAAUGAGAGCAUCAAGGUUUAUUGCGAGGCCAGGAACGACCGAGGGCUGUCUGUAUCUCGAACUGGCACCGUACACAUAAAAGUGGUGCCUGGAGCCCCCAAAGAUGUCCAGGUGGUCCAGGUAACAGAGAACAACACCACCUUAAGCUGGUCACCUGGAUUCACCGGCCACUCUGACCUGCAGAACUGCACCAUACAGAUGUCCAAGGUGCCCAAGACCCCUGGACGGAAGAUGCCCCUUCCUGAGCGCCUGGUGAUGGUUCCGCCAUUCCAGGUGGAAGUGGGUGGCUUGCACUGCUACUCCAACUACAGUGUGCGAAUCCGCUGUGCCACCGAUGUGGGCAACUCCCCCUUCUCCCCCUGGGUGAACUUUCAGACCGCCGAAUCAGUGCCCUUGGCUGCUCCAAGGAAUCUGACCUUUGACCUGUCUGAGCAGCAGCUGACCUUGAUCUGGGCCGCCCUGGAGGAGGAGGAGCUGGGGGGCAAGCUGCUGGCCUACAAGAUGCAGUGGACCCUGGGAGGAGAGAGACAGGAUGCAAUGCUGUUUGUGGAGAAUAAGGCCCAGCUGUCUGGGGGUGGCCGCUUCUUCAAUGCUACGUUCCAGGUGGCUGCGUGCACCGUGGUGGGCUGUGGGCCCUGGAGCCUGCCUGUGCUGGUGAUGCCUGCCUCAGCGGUGGAAGGACAGGCCCAGCGAGGGCACAUGUGGGUGGGCCUGCUGCUGGGGCUCCUGGUGGCCAUCAUGGUGGGACUCCUGCUGACCGUCCUUGUGCACCGCAGGGGCAAGGAGACACAGUUUGGGUCUGUCUUCAAGCCACCAGGGAACGAGUCGGCAGUCUCUUUCACAGCGGCCAGGUCUUUCAACAGGCAAUGCCCAGAGCUGCCUGAGUCCACCUUGGACAGCUUGGGAAUCAAUGAUGACCUGAAGACCAAGCUGCGAGAUGUCUUGAUUCCUGAAAGGCUGCUUACAUUGGGUCACAUGCUUGGAAAAGGAGAGUUCGGGUCAGUGAGGGAGGCAUAUUUAAAGAUGGAGGACAGCAGUGUUCAAAAGGUGGCUGUCAAAGUUCUCAAAACUGACAUCAGUACAUCAAGUGACAUUGAACAGUGCCUGAAGGAAGCAGCCUAUAUGAAGGACUUUCAUCACCCCAAUGUGAUCCAGCUCAUUGGAGUGAGUCUGCAUCGUCGCCUCCAACAGCGCCUGCCUGUUCCCAUGGUGAUCCUUCCCUUCAUGAAGCACGGGGACCUGCACACGUUUCUCCUCAUGUCGCGCCUUGGGGAUGACCCUUUCACAUUGUCUCUGCAAACGCUGAUCCAGUUCAUGCUGGAUGUUGCUCGGGGGAUGGAGUAUCUAAGCAGCAAAAACAUCAUCCACAGGGACCUGGCUGCUCGCAACUGCAUGCUAAAUGAAAACAUGACGGUGUGCGUGGCGGACUUUGGCCUGUCUAAGAAGAUCUACAGUGGAGACUACUACAGGCAGGGCUCCGUGUCCAAGCUACCAGUCAAGUGGAUUGCACUGGAGAGUCUGGCCGAUAAUGUCUAUACAACUCAGAGCGACGUGUGGGCCUUUGGCGUGACCAUGUGGGAGAUCAUGGCACGUGGGCAGACCCCGUAUCCCGGGGUGGAGAACUCAGAGAUCUACGAGUACCUCAUCAAGGGAGAGAGGCUGAAGAAGCCUCCGGACUGUCGCGAUGACAUCUACGAGAUCAUGCAUAGCUGCUGGAGCCCUGUGCCCAAGUGUCGGCCCAGCUUCCAACAGCUGAUCGAGCAGCUGGAGAACCUCUGGGUGGGCCUCUCCCCAGCACCACCAGCGCACAAGGAGCUGCAGCUCUACGUCAACCUGGACGGCGAUGACCUGGACGGGGGCGCCACCGGGGUGGGAGCCACUGGGGGCGCUGUUGCCUGCUCCUCCUCCUCUGGUGAUGGUGGUCCGGAGGCUGGGACCUCUCCAUGGGCGUCACGUUGGCAGUGCGUCGGCAUGGAGGGGGAGGAGAAAGACUGGCUGAUGGUGUCGUCGGGAGCGGCGCUGGCCAUUGGCGGAGAUUACCGCUACAUUAUCGGGCCUGGGUGUGGGGCGGACGAGGAGGCCAGACCACUGGAUGGACUCUCGGAGGACGCCAGGGAGGAAGAUGAAGAUGUGGUCAUUAACGUUUGAUGGAUUUUUUAAAUGGUUUUUUUUUUUUGAUUACUUUUAUUUCACUGCUCAUCGUUGAACAGGAAAUGCACACGCCAGAAAAGACUGGAGCAAUGAUGUUGGUGCAACACAUAGCUGUGAUUACAAAGGACUCUCUCAGUAACUGACUUAAAUGAAACUGAGAAAAGCAAUUGAGGAUUUCAAGGAUUUUUUUUUUUUUUUUUUUAAACAUUUUAUCUUCAUUACUUGAGUGGUUCAGUUGAAGCCUCACCAAGAAACUCUCCUAAACUACAAUCACCCUGCUGUUAAUACCAUGAAAUAACAACCUUACACAACUCUCAAGUAGCAUUUUUCAAAUUACUCAGUGUUUGUAAUGAAGGUGCGAUCUAAUUUUUGUACGGCCAGUAGACUGCCUCAUCACUUAAAAAAAAAAAAGCAGGUUUCAAAACAGCAGAUUGCUAAUGAUAUAGUAGCAGCACUUUUCCACCAUACGGAACAAUUUAGAAGUAGUUCAUCAAACUAUUGAAGGUUUUGAGCGUAUGGUAAAUAUGAAAUGAACUACCCCUUUUUGUAGGUACUGUAGAUUUUUAGCUAUGGAGAGGAAAGUAUGCAUGUGAAGGUGUGUAAUGAUCUCUUACCUAGUUAAUGAUGUUAUUCCCGUUAUUUAAUGUAUGGACUGAAACGCUGUUUCAAGUGUAUUAACACCUUUUGGAGAGACGAUAGAACAUGUGACUUCUGCUCCUAGCCUAGAUGAAAGAGCUGCAUUUAUUUUGAACGUAUAGCAUUCCGUUUAUGGGAUAUCAAGGGAAUUGUGCAGUAACACUUAAAAUUUACAGGUCACUAAAAGUUGCAAGUUUUUUUUGGCUAUUUCUAUGUAAUUUCAUGGCAAUGAUCCUUUUAACCACAUAUUACAAGUGAUUAACAUGCAGUUCCCACACAAUUACUUAAGGGUUUCAUGGAUUUGACACAUGCAUGCAUGCAUGUGCGCACGCACACACCCACAGUUGUGUUACAAUUACAAAUGACAUUCAGUGAAAAUAUGCUAUGUAUGAGUCAAAUUAAUGUAAUAGUCUGGAGACUGCACGGUAAUUACUUGUAAUACAAAUGAUUACUAUAAAAUGACUUGUAAUGUAAAGUGCAACUGACUGUGCUUUAUUCGAAGUGUCUUUUUUUAUUGUGCCAAAUCAAGUCUUGGUGUUGCAAAUGUAAAACACAACUGAGACACCAAGCCUCCAUGAAUUCACAGGAAAAAAACGUUCACUUAACGCAGCAAUUGGAAAAAUGUGAUUGUUUUGAAAAAUGCCAUCUAAAAAAACUUCAAUUUUUAGAUCAUUCUCCUUUAUAACCGGGGUGCUGUUUUUUAAGCUGAGGUUUAAAUGCAAGCAGGCACAAUUCAUGUGAAAAUUAAGAGAAGACUAUGCCUAUUUUCCUGGCUGUACAUCAAAUUGUUUUCCAGAUCUGUAUUGAUACGUUUGUGUGAAACUGCACCUCUGAACACGUUAGAGCUGCACUUUUUUUUUACAGUGUUGUACUGAUUCUGAUUGUUUUAUUUUCAGUUUAUAGAUUUCAUUUUGAUGGUGGCCUUCUGUUAGUUUGUCCUGUAUCAGAGAGAAGAAGCUCAUAGAACAGAAAAAUUAAUUUGCCUGGUUUGACCUUCGAUUUCUCCUUCAACAAGUGAGAUUAAGCAACAUUCUGUAUUUUCUUGUUGUUGCUAAAAUUUUUGUUGUCUUUUUCGUCUUUAUUUGAUAGGACAGUGUGAGAAGUGGACAGGAAAUGAAUUGGGAGAGGGACGGGGAGGGGACGGCAAAGGACAUGGGCCGGGAAUCGAACCCGGGUCAGCCGCAUGGCAGGCGAGUGCCUUACCAGUUGGCCACGGCAGGGCCAUCCUGUAUUUUUAACUGCUCAGUUUAGUUUUUAUUACACCUUUCAAAAGUAAACCCUGGACUAUAGUCGUUAUUACAUUUCAGCGUGUUUGCAGAGAUCGCCAGCAGACAUGGGGUUAAUAUGAGCAACUAAUUGUGAGCCUGUGUGGAGGCAUGUUGUUGAAGCCUUACUAGGUAGCUGUAAAGGUGAUUAUAGACAGGGCAACCUUUUGAGCAAUGUUUCUGAGCAAUCAUGACACUAUAAAAUGUUUGGACUGGAUUCAUCCAAAAUGUUUAAUUAUGUUUUUGCCUGGUAACAUUGCUCAAAAAGUCGCCCUGUGCUUCAUUACCUCAAGAGACACAAUGAAGAGAGAGGGAUGUCUACAGGUUAUUUAACUCUGACAACCCUUGAUGGCGAACUCAUGUCUAUGCUAUUUUAAAAACUGUGAAUGUGUAUAUAAUUCCCAUGUUAUGGCACAACUGUUAAAAAAAAUCACCAAGGGGGUGUAACUAA